AUGGUUCUAUUUAUUUUGCCUAUUUCUUUAAUUUUAAUUAACUGCUUUUUUAUUUUAAUUAUUUUUUAUAAUUUUUAUUGGAAACGUCGAAAUUUGCCGGAUGGGCCUAUUCCUUUACCGAUAAUUGGAAAUGCUUUAGAAAUUAGUAAAGCUGAUAGACGAUAUAAAUGUUUUGCUGAUUGGGCUAAAAAAUAUGGCCCUGUCUAUACAAUUUGGAUAGGAGAACAGCCACUGGUUAUUAUUACUGAUUAUGAGCUUAUAAAAUCAGCAUUUAUUAGAGAUGGCGACACCUAUGUUGAUAGAGAUUUUUUAAUCAAACAUUUUACUUUGUUUUUUGGUUCUGUUGACGGUAUAAUUCGUACAAAUGGAGAGCAAUGGAGGCAGAUGCGCAAAUUUUUUUAUAAGGCUAUGCGCGACUAUGGAAUCGAUAAAGACACGGUUGAAAAACAGGUUUUAGAUGCAGUUUUCCGUGCUAUUGAUAAAAUCAAAAAUGAAAAGUUAAUGGGUAAAUUAGAACAUUCAAUUGAUAGAGAAGUUGAUUUAAUGACUGGUUCUAUUAUUAAUCAAAUAAUGCUUGGAUUUUCAUUUUACGGGGAAAGAUUUAAGGAAUUUUCUGGUUUAAAACAAUUAUUGGAUAUACAACAAGUUUAUUUUAUUAGUUUUUGGUCUUUACUGAUCGAAAUGUCCCCUUGGAUUAGACAUAUUCCAAUUUAUGUAAAACAUUUUUACAAUUAUGGAAAGAAAGCAACAGAAAGUAUAUUUGAAUAUUCACAAAAAGAAAUUGAUAAAAGAAUUGAAGCUAGAAAAGAUCCAAAUUAUUUACCGGAAGACGGAAUGGAUGUUUUAGAUCAAUUUUUGGAAUCUGUUGAGGAAACUGAUCAAAAUGAUCCAGAAAAUUAUUACAAAGUUAAAUACUUAACUGCUUUUGUUUAUGAUAUGUUUUUAGCUGGACAGGAAACAACAUCAAAUACAAUUAAUUUUUUGAUUCUUUAUUUAAUGUUAGAUCAAAGUUCACAAGAAAAGUUGCAAAAUGAAUUAGAUAAAGUAAUGGAAGAAAAAAGAGGGUUGGCUGAAGAAACUGGGGAAGAAUUUGAUGGAAAGUUCCGUCAAUCUGAUCGUACUAAAUUAAAUUAUACAAAUGCUGUUGUUAAUGAGACUCAACGCUUAUCAAAUCUUCUUCCAUUAAAUUUAACGAGAGUAGCCAAUAAAGACGUUAAAAUUGGUGGUCACAAUUUAAAGGCAGGGACUGUAGUUAUACCCCAAAUUAGCACUGUUCUAUUUGAUGAAAGAGUAUUUUCGAAUAUUUUUGGAUUAAAAACAAUUAUUUUAAAGAUAUUUCCUGAUCCAGAAAAAUUUAUUCCCGAACGUUUUCUUGACGAAAAUGGCCAGUUUAAAAAAAUAGAAGAAAAUAUACCUUUUGGUGUUGGAAAAAGUUGUGCCGGCGAGGCUUUAGCAAGGAUGGAACUUUUCCUUUUUACAGCUAAUUUUUUCUAUAAAUUUAAUGUAAAAAAUAAAAAUAUAUCUUAA